CAUCUUUGUCCGUCACAGGUUGUUUUUGGACGACGCUGAGGUUUCUCUCUUCAGGGUUGUUGGGCGUUCUGAUUGUGAAGCGUUUGUGUAACUGCAGGGAACUGAAGUCCUGUCUCAGUUUCACAUGAAUUAUUUAAAGCUUCUGGUCUCUCCAGAGCUGCUCGAUGGGCUUUUUACUGCUCUCCUCUGGAUGACAAAGGGCACUUAACAGAGUCUUUGUGGGCUGCAGCCAACAAUUAUUGAUGAAUCUGCUGAGUUAUUUCACAAAUCUGUCUGUAAAAUAACAAAGUCUUCACAUUUCCAAAACCCAAAGACUCUACAUGUAAUAUACAGCUGACGUGGUUUUAAAUUGGAAAACACAGCAGUGAUUUUUAUACUUUUGGUAGUUUAAAGUACAAUUACUCAAGUAGUGUAUGUGAGUAUUUCCAUUUUCUUAUUCUUCCACCCUGCUACAUUUUAGAGGCAAGUAUUGUAUUUUUUUUUACAUUUAUUUGCUCACUUUAGUUAUUUUGCAGAUUACAUGCAGGAUCAGAGCAAAAGUAAUGUUAUAAAUUCAUUAUCCAUAAUCUGGUUUAUAAGAAAACUAUUCCAGUAAUCACAACAAUGAUUAGUAGGAUCUGAUAAUUGACCCUGAUAUAGAAUAUAGACAUACAUGUAGUAUUAAUAUAUUAUUUACUUUUACUUUUCAUACUUGAGUUCAUUUAUAGCCAAAAAUAUAAUUUUAUAUUUAAGUCCAAUAUCAGAUAGUUUUACUCAACUACUUUAAGUGUCGAUUACUUUCACAUGAACCAAAGUAAAGUUCUAACAUCUUUACUUUUACUCAAAUGUGACUUUUGGGUGCUUUUAUACAAUUCUGAUUUUAAAAAAAAGUAGGUUAGAAAGUAACAUUCAUUUUUAUUUCUGAUUCUGUUUUCAGUCGACUGAAUCAGAUAAAUCGUACAAAACAUUCAGUUUGUUGUCAUAAAGGAGAGAGAAAUCAUGUAAUAUUCAAAACUUUUCAGACUCCUUCAUUGGAAAAUGAUUUAAAUGAUGGAUCAGUUAUUAGAAUUAUAUGAAAGCAGUGAUUAUGUUUUGAUCCAACUGUUGGAAAACAUCUUGUUUUUUUCAUUCUAAUAGUUUGAUUUAAUACUUCCAAAAGAAACUCAGACUUCAUUUUGAUGUGACUACGAAUUAAAACACUUGGUAACGACCUGAUUCUCAAAUCAACUCAAAGAAUAAUAUUUGUAGAUGUGGAGACGACGAGGUGAAGUGACUGCUCUCAUGUCUGUAACCACAGCAGCAGAUGUAAAUCCUUAAUUCAGGAAGGAGUCCAAACGGACCAGGUUCGCUUCCCUGAUAUGUUCGGUGAUUAUCUGUUUAAGCCCAUAAUCCCUCUCUAAUCAGGAAUAUUCAAUGUCCGCUCAGAGAGAAUUCACUGAAAUGACAUUAAUAUCAAACCGGUGAAACGGCUUCUUUAGGAUUUGCACUGAGGGGAACAUGACUGAGGACUGACGAUGGGAUCUGAACUAAAGAUGCUGGUCAGCAGCCGGAUGAUGAUCCGUGUGGCGAUUCUUCUCCUGAACACGGCGUCGGGCUUCAAGUUGUGUCCCGGCUCCUGCCUCUGCUACGAGUCCUCUGACCUGGUGGACUGCCGGUCUCGAGGUCUGGUCCAGGUCCCCCUCAGCGUCCCCCACGGCACCUGGCUGAUGGACCUGAGCGGGAACAAGCUGACGGAGGUCCGCACCAGAUCCUUCAUGGGUCUGUGGACGCUCAAGAUCCUGCUGAUGUCCAACAGCAGCAUCCGGACUCUGCAGCCACAGUCUCUGUCCUCCCUGCAGUUCCUGGAGAGGUUGGACUUGAGCUUUAACCGGCUGCGUUGGCUCCCCGAGGACUUCUCUCAGGGUCUGUCCUCCCUCCAGGAGCUCCGGCUGGACCAGAACCUGCUGCAGCACCUGGACUCCACUUCGCUGGCUGACUUGGAGAACCUGAGGAAGCUGGACCUCAGCUACAACCGCAUCCGGACAAUGGACGUCAGGGCUUUGGGCGGCCUGUCUCGCCUGCGCCUCCUCAACCUGGAAGGGAACCGGCUGAAUGUGCUGAAAGAAGGCCUGCUGAGCCGACAGCAGAGCCUGGAGGUUCUGCUGCUCAGUCACAACAACAUCUCAGUGAUCCAGACUGAAGCUCUGGCUCCUCUCAGGAGUCUGACUCUGCUCGGCCUCCAAGCAAACCAGCUGCAGCACAUCAAGUUCAAGACCUUCCUGAUGCUCCAGACCACCACCACACACCUCCAGAUGUCCUCCAACCCCUGGACCUGUGACUGUGACCUGCAGCGCGUCUUCGGGAAGAUCCACCGGGUUCGACAUCUGCGAGUGUACGACUACGGGGACAUCAUCUGCAGCACUCCUGCCCAGCUGGCCGGCAGCUCCCUGGCGUCCCUGGACAGUCAGCUGUGUCUGGCUGAGACGGCAUCGGUGCUCGUCAUCAGCAUCACCGUGACGAUCGCUGUGCUUGGUGCUGUGGUCAAAGCAGAGAAGAACCGUAAGACCAAGCAAGCAGUGAGCGAGGCGGAGAAACAGGAACACCCCUGA